AGUGGGCGAUUUAAAAACCCGCGAGUGUAGUUGUGAUCUUCGCGGUAGGUGCCGGUUGGGGUCGGCUGUGAUUGUUGUGUUGGUGCUGCAGAGCAGAGCAGAAGAGGUUGGGUCAGAAAACUGCCCUGCCGCACGAGAGCACAGCGCACUAAUGGGUCAGGGGUCCUGACUCAGACUUACUGGCUGUGUCUCGUGGUUUUUCACUGCCCUGGAAAAGGCCUGAAGUGGCGCUGAAAUGAGGCGUAGAUGAGGUAACGUUGAGGGAGCGGUUUGCAACUUGCAAAGGGGCCCUACUGAUGCUACUUAGUAGUAACAGUGCUUAAUUUAGGACAGGAGCUGUUUGCAGCUUUACAUAUAAGUCUCGCGAUAUUGUGGCCUGGGCACUACUUCCUUUUAGAAGGAAAAUGCAUAGAAACUUGAACUUUACCUGAUUUCUGUAUGUUGUCAUCUUGUGUACGCCCGGUCCCCACGACAGUCCGGUUUGUAGAUUCUCUGAUCUGCAGUUCUUCCCGUUCCUUCAUGGAUUUGAAGGCUCUCCUUUCUUCCUUGAAUGACUUUGCAUCCCUCUCCUUUGCUGAGAGUUGGGACAAUGUUGGAUUACUGGUGGAACCAAGCCCACCACAUACUGUAAAUACGCUCUUCCUGACCAAUGACCUGACUGAGGAAGUGAUGGAGGAGGGCCUGCAAAAGAAGGCAGACCUCAUUCUCUCCUACCAUCCGCCUAUCUUCCGACCCAUGAAGCGCAUAACCUGGAACACCUGGAAGGAGCGCCUGGUGAUCCAGGCUCUGGAGAACAGAGUCGGUAUCUACUCUCCUCACACAGCCUAUGAUGCUGCACCCCAGGGCGUCAACAACUGGUUGGCUAAAGGGCUUGGAGCUUGUACCUCCAGGCCCAUACAUCCUUCCAAAGCUCCCAACUACCCUACAGAGGGAAACCACCGAGUAGAAUUCAACGUUAGCCACACCCAAGCCCUGGACAAAGUCAUGUCUGCAGUGAAAGGAAUUGAUGAUGUUUCUGUCACUUCUUUUUCUGCUAGGAUUGAUAAUGAGGAACAAACACGGAUUAGUCUGAAUUGUACUGAGAAGGCUUUGAUGCAGGUGGUAGAUUUUCUUUCUCAGAACAAACAACUUUAUCAGAAGACAGAAAUUCUGUCGCUGGAGAAGCCUUUGCUUCUACAUACUGGAAUGGGACGCUUAUGCACACUGGAUGAAUCUGUCUCCCUGGCAACCAUGAUUGAUCGAAUCAAAAGACACCUAAAACUAUCUCAUAUUCGCUUAGCCCUUGGGGUGGGGAGAACCUUAGAAAGAACAAUUCGUAUACUCGUGAUGAGACCAGGAGUAAAAUCUGUAUUAUGUUUAGGAUUCUUGGUACAAAUUAUAAUAGUAAAAAGAAAGGGAAUUGUAAAGUAUUGGUCUCUUGUUUCCUUUGUCUUGAAGAGUCUCAAGUCAAAGUUGUGGCCCUGUGUGCUGGUUCUGGGAGCAGCGUUCUGCAGGGUGUCAAGGCUGACCUUUACCUCACAGAAACUACAACAGAACUGGGACAUACUGCGUUCUUUGUGGAGGGAUGAAAUCAUUGAACAAUUUAUUAUCUCAAAAAUUAAUGGUACCUGCUUUCCCAGCCUCUGCUCCAACUAUGGUUGACUAUGUGACCCCUGGACCAAUGAAUUGAGGGAAAAUAGCUGGCAGUUCUGAGAAAGAUUUUCAUCAGUUAUGUAAGAAAAACCCCUAUUUAUACCCAUCGUUUAAAGCUAUGAAAGCCAUUUUGCAACAUGAAGUAUCAAACCUAAAGAUGAAAAAUGCUGGUGGCAGAGUAAAAAGAUAGGAACAAUCUGGGUCCUUAAUGACACUGUUGAGUCACAUCAACCAUGGAACUUGCAUCUCCAUAUUUGUUUUGAUGUGAGAUACCUAAAUGUCUAUGGCUUAAACUACUAUUAUAGAAUUUUCUGUUGCUGCCUAUUGACAAUGUCAUUCUAACUAAUAUAGCACUCAAUAAAUGGUACUUAUGAUUAUAAUUAUUACUAAUACAUAUACAUACACCAUCCCAGAGUUGAUUCAAGAAUCAUCUUUUUAGACAAACCACAACCUCACCCGUACAACUCCCCAGAAAUAAUAUAGCUAGUUUUACACUUAUUAAAUAAGAAUAAAGCCAGUUUCACAAUCAACAGGCAUAAAACUGUUUUUAAAAGCUAACUUCCAAAAUAUGAGUGAAAAAACUUUAUACUGCAGAGGAUUAUCCCAAGUCAGAAUGUAACAAACGUAAAUAUUAAAAAAAAAAAAAAAAAAAGCUUAAUUUUGUAAGCACAUAUAGCUUAGCAGAUUCAAAUGUGCAUUGACUGCUGCUCAUGGUAUAUGCACAGCUUAGAAGUGGUGGCAGGUAGCAGAAAGUGUCUCUACCUUCUUUACACGUAUGCUUCCUCCAUGUAGGUAUAUAUGUUUUGUGGUG